AAAUUGACUUACGGAGGAGGAUGGUGGCUUUUAUUUUAGCUUCUCCGCUGACUGCGGGGAGCGCCGUCGCCGAGAUGGCCAAGACCAAGGACAGGAAGGAGAAGUCCAAGUCGACCAUGUCGGAGGUGGUCACUCGUGACUACACGAUCCACCUCCACAAGCGGCUGCACCGCAUUGGCUCCAAGAAGAAGGCGCCGCGCGCCCUCAAGGAGAUCCGCAAGUUUGCCAUGCAGCAGAUGGGCACGCAGGAUGUGCGCAUCGACUACCGGCUCAACGAGCAGGUCUGGAGCCGCGGCAUUCGGUCGGUGGCCAAGAGGAUCCGCGUGCGGCUCGCCCGGAAGAGGAACGAGGACGAGGACUCGCCGCACAAGCUGUACACCCUGGUGACGUACGUGCCGGUGCCGUCGUUCAAGGGCCUCUCCACCGAGAACGUGGAGACCAGUGACAGUUGAUUGAUUCCGCCCCGCUCCUCUCCGCCGCGCCGCUGUGCCGAGACCAAAUACACAACGGAUCGGUGCAGGACA